CAGGGAGCACGUCAAAACUAUCACAAAAUGGACGCAACGCCAAACCGAAGGAAUUCUCUCUUUAAAUUAUUUCACGUUUUUCACGUGUGUUUAUCUAUUGGUCUUGUGAUCAUGUUUGUUCGAAAUCAAAUGAUGUACGAAGCCAGGUUUAAGAAACUCGAAGACGAUUUGGAAUCAAUGACUCAGAUAUCCACGACUACAGAUACGGAAAAGCAAUGGGCAGAAAGCAUCAAGACCAGACCCACGAUGAAUGAGAAGAAAGUUGUUAAAAGAAGUGUAAAUAAUCAAACGAGUAAGACGGCGAAACAAACAAACAAUCAAAACGUUCUGGAUUUUAAAAACAGCACAAAAAAUUUUGAAGAUGUAACGACAUGCUUGGACUUGCUGAACAACUUCCUCAAGAAGAACAAAUGGUCUGGUAGAGGCCCUAAUAAAUGUCAGAUAUUACGUGGUCCACCAGGCAAACCCGGAAGACGAGGGCGUAGAGGUCCCAAAGGACAAGCUGGUUACAAGGGAAGCAUUGGAAAACAUGGCCCUCCUGGACCCCGUGGUGAAAAGGGCUUCAGUGGAAAUGUUACUGUGAUUGGUCUGAAAGGAGAUAUGGGACCUAAGGGCACUAAAGGGGACAAAGGGAACACUGGAAUAAAGGGACAAAAAGGAGCCCAAGGACCUAAAGGAGAUUUUGGAGGUCAAAAAGGAGAACAAGGCGAACGAGGGGUGAAAGGAAAAGUUGGACCAAGAGGAUGUCCUGGUGACUCUUUUGCUCCGCCUUCUUUCGUUUCAACUCCUCGAUAUCUUGCGUUUAGAGAGAGAGAUUCAGCUCUACUGGUGUGUAACGCAACAGCGAAUCCAUAUUCUCGUAUCACGUGGUAUCGUGACAAAGUAACGAUACCUAUUCAAGACAGCUCAGAUAAUCAUUAUGAAGUGAAAGAGGUUAUUUUUCAGUCAGGAUCGAACGAAUCUUCUUGUCCAGUAAAUCCUCAUCCAGUGACAGAAAGCUCUUUGGUCAUCAAAAGGUCACGUUCGAGUGAUACUGGAAACUACAUAUGCGAAGCACGAAACAUCAUGGGUGUCUUAAGAUACAAGAUACGACUUCUGGUUCAAGUGUAUGUCAAAUUCACUUCUGUUCCAUCAAACAUCACGGUCACAGAGAACCAGGAUGUACAGCUUAGAUGCCGCGCCUCUGGGGUGCCUAGUCCUAUGAUCACGUGGUACAGGAGGGAUGGUAGUGUAAUGCCUAGUAGGUAUAGAAUUAUCCAAGGGGACUUGCACAUCACUAAGAUAACCAAGGAACAAGAAGGGUCGUAUGUAUGUGUUGCGUCUAAUGUUCUAGGAGCAAGUUCAACUGAGACUACUGUUACAGUUAACGUGUUUCCCGUAAUAACGUAUUUCCAAGAUCAUCAAUUGACGAUUAACGAGACCCAGACCCUUACUCUACCCUGCAAUGCCACAGGGUAUCCGAUACCUAAUAUUACAUGGAAUAAAACAAAUGGAUCUUUUCCUAGAGAGAGAUAUAAGUUUGACUCACAGAUGCUGAAUAUAUCCAAUGUACAGUAUGAAGAUAGUGGAGAAUACGUAUGUAAAGCCAGCAACACAGUAGGAACAGCGUCAAAAAGAGCAAUAGUCGUCGUUCAAGUCGGGCCUAAAAUCCGAAGAAAACCAAAUGAUUUAGAGAAUGGCUAUCGAGGAACAGAAAAGGUGCUUCAUUUUGAAGUGUUUGCAUUCCCAGAAGCGAAUAUAACAUGGAAGAGACUUGAUAAUAUAAAAAUGAACAAGCGUUUUCGACAAGAAGCCGCGAACCUUGUUAUAGAUGGAGUAGAGUACAUAGACGGUGGAUUUUACAAGGCAACGGCAAGAAACAUCCUUGGAAAAGUUACGGUUACAACGUUUUUGGUUGUCAAGGACCCAGUCUCGCCAUGGAUAACAUCAUCCGGCGGAUCCUCCAAGAUCACUUUAGAUGAGCGAUCUAGCUUUUCUAGAACAUGUUCUGCCAAGGGAACACCAGCGCCAAAACUCAUUUGGAAAUUCAAAAACAAGGCUAUAAACUCGGUACUUCGACACACUAAUGGCAGCUUGACGCUGAGGAUCGCCAAUUUAGCAAGCGAGCAUACUGGAAGAUAUAUAUGUGARGCUAGCAAUGAAUUUGGUUCAGCAAGGGAACACCUUGAUCUGACGGUUCAGGUUUAUGUAAAAGUGUUCGUUCAGUCAGAAGGCUGUGAUGAUAACCCCGGCAAACGAGUUGCAUGUGGGACGUGUAUGAUUAAAGUAAACAAUGUGGAAUACUGUCCUAAUGGGAGAGGUCAUAACAUAGUUGUCUUGAACAAAUAUGGUAUUUAUCAGAAGAAGAGUGUAUUUGACACGCACGACGAUCCAAGUGCAGGAAGGAAUAUGAAGGCAUUCCUGGAUCAACUGCCUAGAGAGAGUAUUGUCAUCAUCGCUGUGCAAGACAGCACUAAUAGUCGUUAUGUAAAUACUGCAGCACCAGCUCUACGAUCCGUUGGUGCCGUAAAUCCCACUGCAGUUUCGAUGCGAAGCACUUGGCUUCUGGUAGGGUACAAAGGAGGUUCGCCAUCUUGGAUCACCGAGAAGAGAGCAGACAGAUACAAAGGACCUAGCCAAGCUACGGUCAGAAUACCAGUGCUUGUAACUUAACCAAUAUCCGCGCGUGUGGCUGAUUUGCGACUGAUCGAAUUAAGAUAGAGGACGUCUUAAUUGUAAUAAGCCAAUGUAUCACAGGCUGCAAGACGUUGCAGAGGGGCGUUUGGCAAUCACUGCAGCACAUGAUUAUGUAAUGUUAAGACUAUGAUUAUGCCUAAAAGAUAGGUAAACAAGUGCAUGGGCUGUAUGAGCGGAUCCUGGGGCUGGUGACUAAUCACGCCCCUUGGCCCUUUUUGCCCUUUAAUUUACAAAAAUAAUGUUUUGCUAACUGAAAAUAUUUAUCGGGAUAGAUAAGAAGAUAGAAAGAUAGUUCAGAAGACAACCAAAUUAAAACUGGUUCUCUCACACUCUGCGUUUUCACGUUUUCACAAAUUGUUUCGGUUGUUUCAACCAGUUAUUUUUUACAGAAUGGUGAGGCUAGCUACAUCUGAAUACUAGACUCUUUGCCAAAAACUGAAACGGGUUAAAAUUAAAAACUUAACGAGCACUAACAAGAACACCUUUGAUUUAGUAACCCUAGAAAGAUUCAAUAUGUCAGGUGCUAUAUCGACCGAAAACUGUUCUAAGUUGAACAUUGACAAACUUACGGACGUUUGUAUGUGCCGGUUAUAACGUAUUCGCGGGGUGUAUUCAUAAGACUACUAAAGGUGCUAUUUCCUAGCCUGUGCUGGUAGACUACAAACACUAAAAGUGUGCAACACUUUGCUCUAUUUAGUAGUAAAUAGUGCUAAUUAAACAAUAGAAAAUAAUAGGAUUAUAGGAGUAUUUAGUGGUAUUUAUUUUACACACUUAUAGUGUUUGUACUCUAUUGGUUUUCCACUUACGUAGUUUGAUUAUAAUUUUAACUCAAUCGAAUGUGCGGCCGCCAUUUUGGCAAAGGGUCUAUAUAUUUCAAAAUAAAAAUAACUUACAGAUUGGAAAA